AGCUCCUUCUGCCGGGGCCCUGGAGCUGCGAGGCGAGCCGGACAGGUUCGGGGGCGUCUCGGUGCGGCUCGGAGCGCGGGACUCCCUGGACGACGCCGCCUUCCAGAGGGACCUGCAGGGCAAGUGCGCCUGGGGUGUGGGGAACCCGGGAACCGCACCGGCCACCCCCUCAAGGCAGCGAUAAAGCAGUGGCAAUCAGAAGGUAGAAUCGCCGUGUGGCUGCACGUUCCCAUUCUUCAAAGCCGACUUAUCACGCCUGCUGCGUCCCUGGGCUUCCACUUCCACCAUGCGGAGCAUGAUUCCGCCACGCUGACUCUCUGGCUGGGGCAAGGUGCCAGCAGACUACCCGGAUACGCUACCCAUCAAGUGGGAGUUGCAGGAGCUGUUUUUGAUGAAAAUACCAGAAAAGUACUGGUUGUACAAGAUCGGAAUAAAUUAAAGAACAUGUGGAAGUUUCCAGGAGGCCUGUCAGAGCCAGGAGAAGAUAUUGGGGACACAGCAGUCCGAGAAGUUUUUGAAGAGACUGGUAUAAACUCAGAAUUCCAGUCCCUCUUGAGUGUCCGGCAGCAGCACGCCAGUCCGGGAGCCUUUGGAAAGUCAGAUAUGUAUAUAGUCUGCCGCCUGAAGCCAUCCUCAUUCACCAUCAACUGUUGCCAGGAUGAGUGCUUAAGGUGUGAAUGGAUGGACCUCAGUGAGCUGGUCAGGACUGAAAAUACAACUCCCAUCACCCGCAGAGUUGCGAGGCUGCUGCUCUACGGCUACAGAGAAGGGUUUGACAAGAUUGAUCUGACCAUGGAAAAGCUGCCAGCGGUUCACACGGGCCUAUUCUACAAGCUGUAUCACAAGGAACUGCCAGAGAGUUACAAACAUAUGACAGGGAUGGAUUAAACUCACAUCUACAUGUUUUUCUUUAAAUUGUACAUGCAGAUAAGUGCAUGGUAUAAGACAUAAUGGACCUUUGGGAUUAAAUACAAUUCUAAUUUUCUAAUGUGAUUUCCAUGAAGAAAACUUGUAAAUGUGCAUAUUUUAAAAGCUUUUCAAAUAAAGCAAAAUAUGUGAAAAAGU